CACACUGCUGAUGAAGAAGAAGGAGCUGAUUCCUCUGAUUACAUUUGUGGGGAUGGCUGGAGGCUUCGCAGUCUAUCAGAGCUGGCACGCUCUGAGAAAACCUGAUGUAGUUUUUAAUAAGUCUGGCAACCCAGAACCAUGGCAAGAUGUGGAUUUUACCAAGCCCCAGAAGCAUAUAACAUUAAACCAGCAAUGGAAGCCCAUAGAAGAGCUGGAGAAAGUCAGAAAAAUAACAAGGGGAUGAGAUGUCAUUGCUUUGAAGCAUGGAGUUCAGUGAGCUGUAUUCUAUCCAUUUGUGAACUUUAAAAGAGUUGGCUUAUUUUCUCUGAAAUAAUACUGUAAUUUACAUUUUCAAUAAACUUGGAGUUUCAGCUUAAAG